AGCCGGUGGAAUGCCAGGUCAGCAGCCAGGCGGACAACCCGGUGGCCCUGGAAUGGUUGGCGGGAUGCGAAGUAUGCCGUUGGGCGCCAAUCAACCUCAAGGAGCUGUUCGGAUGAUGAUUCCUCCGAAUCAGAUGAUGAACAAUGUCCUUCCCAAUGCCACUAGCGAUGCUUCCAAUGUUGGUCCAGGGGGUGGCCUUCCUGUGACUAGUCAAGCUCCAGGUGGAUCAAACCAAAGUAACCAAGUCAGUCAAAUGGCUGCCGUCCUCCAGCAACAACAGCAGCAGCAACAGCAACAACAAUCUAAUGCUCAACUACAACAGCAACAACAAGGGCAAAAUCAAUCUCAAAAUAUCAUUCCAUUGCAAGGUAAUGUUCUGUUCAAUCAGGACGGCCAAGGUCCCGUUCAGCAACAGCAACAACAACAGCAGCAACCCGGCGGAGCCAAUGCCGGUGGUCCUGGUGGCCCUGGUGGCAACUUCCCGGCCAACCAGAUGCUUGCCGCUCCAGUGCAGGGUACCAAAGAUUGGCACCAUUCCGUAACGCCUGAUCUCCGGAAUCAUCUCGUCCAUAAGCUAGUUCAAGCCAUCUUCCCGUCACCGGAUCCGUCGACCAUGUUCGACAAGCGAAUGUACAACCUGGUGGCGUACGCGAAGAAAGUCGAAGGCGAUAUGUACGAAAUGGCCAAUUCACGGUCGGAAUACUAUCACCUGCUGGCAGAGAAGAUCUACAAAAUUCAGAAGGAGCUGGAAGAGAAACGACAGAAACGAAAAGAACAGCAAAUGCAGCAACAGCAGAGGCAAGCCCAAGAACAGCAACAACAGCUCCAGCAACCCGGCGGAAAUGCCCAGAUCCGGCCGAUGAACCCCAAUCAACAAGGUCCAGGAAUGAUUGGUCCGAACAUGGGCGCCAACAAUGUGAUGCAGAUGCCCCGGCAGGUUGGGCCGAACAUGCUGAAUCAGAACAACAUGAUGCAGCAGAAUCGUAUGCAACUGAACGCUGGACAACAACCUCAACAGCAGCUGUUUGUCUCUCAACCGGGACCGAGUCCAAACAGUAUGGGACAACAGCAACAAACGGUGCUCCCAGGUGGUCUGUCGCCGUUUACCUCUCAACAGCAGCAGGUCAUGAACAAUCAUCCUCCAGGAAUGACGCCACCUUCAUCGCAGCAGAACGCCUCCCAAUUUAUGAACGGUCCUUCGAUAGCCGACAGUUCACCAAGUGGGUUGCAGCAGUUCAACGACAUCAUGAAGGCGAAGUAUGCAAAUGCCGGACAAGGAGCGAUAGCAGUAGCGAACGCUCAGAAUACUUCCAUGCCUGGAUCUACCGGAGGAAUGAAUCAAACCGUCACACCUUCCCUCCCAUCACCAUUCGGAAGCAGUGGGUCAGCGAACUCCAUGCAACCGAACAACACCUUCAACGGCAGUCAAAUGUUGAACAGUAAUUGUGCAAGCAGUACGCAGCAACAACGGAAUAGCCUAGGUCAAAUGCCGGCCACCCCAACCAGCGGUGGAGAUCUCCUGAACUCUUCCGGAAAUAGUGUUCCCAUUCCGUCACCUUCACCAAGCUUAACCCCAAAUGGACCGAUUCCGCCACCGCCGGUUAGCACUCCCAAUACACCAAAUGUAUCGGCUCUGUUGACUUCCGCGCCAGAACCGACUCCUCCACCUCCAAUCUCGUCACCAAUUCCGAUCUCGACGCCACCUGCCCUGGGCGCCUUAUCCAACAGUAGUAGUAGUAGUAUGCCGGCAACAACCUCAGCCGCUCCAAUAACCAGCACGGCGUCCAGCGGGCCUACGACAACGACGACCGCUUCCUCUGGAGGCACUACCAGCACAACGCCUUCGUCAUCCAUCCCGCCCUCGUCCACCAGCACUACCACCACCGCCAGCAGUACCAUAAACCGUUCCUCAUCGUCAUCCCUGAGUUCACAGAUGGCCGCUUUAGAAGCGGCAGCUCGUGACCAGGACGAGGACUCCCAAUCGGGCUCCGGCGGGCCGAACACCUCCGCCAACGAGUCCAGCGCCAAGGGUGGCAAGCUGGAACUGAAGCAGGAAUCGGACAUCAAAUCCGAACCGGACACCAACCACAUGGACACGUCCGACAGUGGGUCCGGUGCGGGCGCCGGUGGAGGCAAAAGCGUCAACAACGACAACUGCCCCAGCAUCAAGCAGGAAAUUAAGACUGAACCCAUGGAUACGAGCGAAAGCCAGGAUGGGACCGAGAAGAGCAACAGCAAACUGGACGUGGUCAAGUGCAAGGAGGAACCGAUGUCGCCAUCGAGCGGGAGUGCCGCCACCGUCAAUGCCGUCGUCAAAAGCGAACCGAAAGUCUUUCCCGAACCGAUCCAGUCGGAUCCGGCCGACAGCAAGAAGAAGUGCUCCUUCAAACCGGAAGAACUGCGGGAAGCGUUGCUUCCUACGUUGGAAAAGUUGGUUGCACAGGAACCGGAAUCGAUUCCCUUCCGAAUGCCGGUGGAUCCGACGACGUUGGGUAUUCCGGAUUACUUCGACAUCGUGCGCAAGCCCAUGGAUUUGAGCACGAUCCAGAAGAAGCUGGACUCGGGCCAGUAUUCCGACCCGUGGGAGUACGUGGACGACGUGUGGCUCAUGUUCGACAACGCGUGGCUGUACAACCGGAAGACGUCCCGCGUCUACCGGUACUGCACGAAGCUGUCGGAAGUGUUCGAGCAAGAAAUUGAUCCGGUGAUGCAAUCGCUGGGAUAUUGCUGUGGUCGGAAGUACACCUUUAAUCCCCAGGUGCUGUGCUGCUACGGUAAGCAGCUGUGCACGAUCCCACGGGAUGCCAAAUACUACAGCUACCAGAACCGAUCUUUUGGACAACUAUCUACCAGAUAUACGUACUGCCAGAAGUGUUUCAACGACAUCCCAGGCGACAUGGUAACCCUCGGAGACGAUCCGAUGCAGACCCAAACCCAAAUCAAGAAGGAUCAGUUCAAGGAGAUGAAAAACGACCACCUAGAGCUGGAACCGUUUGUCGUGUGUUUGGACUGCGGCCGGAAGCAGCAUCAAAUAUGUGUCCUCUAUCUGGAUACCAUCUGGCCGGGUGGUUUCGUGUGCGACAACUGCCUCAAGAAGAAGGGCUCCAAGCGGAAAGACAACAAGUUCAACGCCAAGCGGUUACCCACGUCCAAGCUGGGCACCUACAUCGAAACGCGGGUCAACAAUUUCCUCAAGAAGAAGGAAGCCGGCGCCGGCGAGGUGCACAUCCGAGUCGUGUCCAGCUCGGACAAGAUCGUCGAGGUCAAACCGGGCAUGCGAAGUAGAUUCGUGGAAAACGGCGAAAUGCUUCCGGAGUUUCCGUACCGGGCGAAGGCCCUGUUCGCCUUCGAAGAAGUGGACGGCAUCGACGUGUGCUUCUUCGGUAUGCAUGUCCAAGAAUACGGCUCGGAAUGUGCGGCACCCAACACGAGGCGAGUCUACAUCGCCUAUCUGGACUCCGUUCACUUCUUCCGGCCGCGACAGUACCGUACUUCAGUCUACCACGAGAUCCUGCUGGGCUACAUGGACUACGCCAAACAGCUCGGUUACACGAUGGCCCACAUCUGGGCCUGUCCACCGUCCGAAGGCGACGACUACAUUUUCCACUGUCAUCCACCGGAGCAGCGAAUCCCCAAGCCGAAGCGCCUCCAGGAAUGGUACAAGAAGAUGCUCGACAAGGGCAUGGUCGAACGGACCAUCCAGGACUACAAGGACAUUCUCAAGCAGGCCAUGGAGGACAAACUGCAGUCCGCGUCGGAGCUGCCGUACUUUGAGGGUGAUUUCUGGCCCAACGUACUCGAAGAAAGCAUCAAGGAGCUCGACCAGGAGGAGGAAGAGAAGCGCAAGCAGGCGGAACGCGAGGAAGCAGCUGCCAACAUCAUGUCCAUGAACGACGACAGCGACACCGGAGCGGACGGCAAGAAGAAGGGCGGCCAGAAGAAGGCCAAAAAGUCGAACAAAUCGAAGGCGGCCCAGCGGAAGAACAACAAGAAGAGCAACGACCAGAACGGGAACGAUCUGAGCGCGAAGAUCUUCGCCACCAUGGAGAAGCACAAGGAGGUGUUCUUCGUGAUUCGGUUGCACUCGGCGCAGUCGGCUGCCAGCUUGGCGCCCAUUCAAGAUCCGGAUCCGCUCAUCAACUGUGACCUGAUGGACGGUCGCGAUGCAUUCCUCACGAUGGCCCGCGACAAGCACUUUGAGUUCUCCUCGCUGCGCCGCGCCCAGUUCAGUACACUGUGCAUGCUGUACGAACUGCACAACCAGGGCCAGGACAAGUUUGUCUACACGUGCAACAACUGCAAGAAUCACGUCGAGACGCGCUACCAUUGCACCGUGUGCGACGACUUCGAUCUGUGCCUCACGUGCAAGGAGAAGAUUGGCCAUCCGCACAAGAUGGAGAAGCUUGGAUUCGACCUGGACGACGGUUCGUCCCCGACGGACAUCAAGCAGACGAAUCCGCAGGAAGCGCGCAAACAGUCCAUCCAGCGGUGCAUCCAAUCGUUGGUCCAUGCGUGCCAGUGCCGAGACGCGAACUGCCGUCUGCCAAGCUGUCAGAAGAUGAAGCGGGUGGUCCAGCAUACGAAGCACUGCAAGCGGAAGACCCACGGCGGUUGUCCGAUUUGCAAGCAGCUCAUUGCGCUGUGCUGCUACCAUGCCAAGCACUGCCAGGAGGCCAAGUGCCUGGUGCCUUUCUGCCCGAACAUCAAGCACAAGCUGAAGCAGCAACAGCUACAGCAAAGGCUACAACAGCAACAACUAUUACGACGCCGAAUGGCCGUUAUGAACACAACUCGAGUAGGAGCUCCAUCGCAACCGUUGGUGUCAAGUGGGCCCAGCUCACUACCCGGAACCAGUGGGCCGCCCAGUGCAGGAGCCGGUGGCAUGAGUCCUGUGGGGCCGAACGGAAUGGGUGGUGCCGGUGCGGGUGGAAUGGGACCCAGCGGAAUGACCGGUGGUCCCGGCAGUGUCGGAUCGGUAGGAUCCGCUGGUGCAGGCGCCGGCGGAGGUAUGGUUGGUCCGGGCAGCGUCGGUCCCGUCGGAACACCCGGUGGAAUGAGUCCAUCGGCGGCGCCAAGUCCUGUGUCGCAAAUCGGCGGUCUGGGCAGCCCGCAUCCGCCGGGCAUGGCUAUGAAACCGGAAGCUCAACCCCCGCCGAAUGUGAUGCAGGCGUUGAAACAGGUUCAGGAAGAAGCGGCUCGUCAGCAGGCACCGCACGCCAGCUUCGGCAAAGUGAAUCCGGGUGGCAGUCAAAUGCCGCCACCGGUGAUGCAGCGGGCGAUGGGUGCCGGCGGUCACAUGGGCGGAGUUGGUGGCGUUGCCGGUGUGGCCGGAAUGGGUGUACCGAACCAGCAGCAGCCGGGAGUCGUGGGCGGAGUGCCGAUGGGAGCCGGUGGUCCAGUAGUGGGAGCUGGUGGCCAAAACGUGAUGUCCCAGAUGGACCAGUGGGGUAACCCACGGUAUCCGAACGCAGGCGGACAGCAGAAUCCUCCGGGCAUGCGACCGAAUCUGCCCGGCAUGAUGCAGAGCCAACAGCAGCCGCAGCAACCGAAUCCAAUGCAGGGUGGCAUGAUGGGUGCUGGCGUGGGUGGUAACCAAAUGAUGGGCGGAAUGCGACCAGGACCGGGCGGUGUCUGUAUACAGGGCCCCGGUGGAAUGGUUGCCAAUCCGCAGCAGGUGGGACAACAGCAGGGUCAACCUUCGCAGCUUCCGACGAAUCAACCGAAGGCGGCCAUAGCUCAGUUGAUGGCUACGCUCAAGAACCCCCAGGCCGGACCGGAACAGCAGCAACAGUUGCUAUCGAUCCUGAAAGCCAACCCGCAACUGAUGGCGGCGUUCAUCAAGCAGCGGCAGCAAAUGGCCCAGAACCAACAGAACCAGAACCAGGGUGGAAUGCCCCAACAACAACAGCAGCAGCAACAACAGCAGCAACCUCACAAUGUGAUGCAACAUGCGGGUGCCGGUGGAGUCCAAGGCCAACAGCAGGGUGGCCCUGGCCAAGGACCCGGUGGAAUGCCGUACAAUCCGGCUGCAGCCGGUGGCCCGAUGGUACCGAAUCGCAUGCAGGGCGGUGUCCAGGGCAUGGCCGGUGGCGGUAAACCCGGAGGCGGCAACCCGCAGAUGCAGCUACCGAUACAACAGCAAAUAUGGUACAAACAGCAACAGCAGCAGCAACAACAGCAACAGCAGAUGAUGCUGCAGCGACAGCUGGCGAUGGGCGGUGGCAAUAUGCAACCCGCACCUCCGUACCAGCAACGACCUAGACCUCAGCAGCAAAUGGGCGUCGGUGGCUACGGCCAGGGUGGAAUGUUCCCCGACCAGCAGCAGUACAUGCAGCAAGGACUGAAACCAAAUCCCGGCCAGCAGGGUGGCGGAGUGGGCGUAAAUGUCCUCUCCCAACAGCUCCAGCAGGGCCCCGGUGGUCAAGUGAUGGGUCCACCAACUCCGCAGCACACGAUGCAACAGCAACUGAUGCAAACCGUGCGAUCACCGCCACCCAUUCGAUCUCCUCAACCGCAACCGUCUCCUCGGGCCGUUCCAUCUCCGAGGGCGCAACCGUCGGCAUCGCCCCGAGCUCAACCCUCACCUCACCAUUUGCCUUCCCAUUCGCCAGCGCCAGCCGGUCCCGGUGGUGAAAUGCACAACCACAUGCACCCGCACCAGUCACCGGUUGGCGUCGGUCCCGGAGGUGGCGGUGCCGGUGGCCCAGGCGAUCCCAACCAAAUGGGACCAGGUGGCGCCGGACCGGGAGGCCCCAACGAUACCAGUCCACUGACCGCACAGGAUCAGCUUUCCAAAUUCGUCGAGCAGUUGUAGUAGUAUUACGUCUACUAGCAACAGGGGCGCUAGAAAGCUCGGCAGCAGCCUUAUUACCUUUUUACCACACUCACACAACCUUAACAACACUCAUACACACAAUCAGUAACUUUGGAUAUAGGUGGCAUCGACUCCGAUCCGUAAGCCGAUCAGACAAAAAAAAACAACAAACUUUGCUAAGAUGUAAAAAUAGAAUGUGUAAAUACGAAGAAAAACCUUAAAAAAAGCCCAAAACCAGAAAGUAAGCUACAAACAAUAUAGAAAGACCAUACUAAUCGUGGAAGAGUAUGCUUAAUUUUUUAGCAGCAAAGCAAGCCGCGCAUCGGCAUCACACACAUACACAUGCACACACACACCGGUAUUUAUUUUCCUCUCCCCCUCUUUAUUAGGAAACAAACUUAAUCCAAUUGGAGACGUAGUCCUACGUCAAAGCAAAUGAAGAAUCAAAUUCUAUCACCGAAAAGUAAAAUCGCGAAAAAAAGCCUAUUAUCAUUAUUAUCACAAUGAAUAACGAGUUGACCGGGGGAGCGAUAGUUAGAGAGAGAGGAUAGAGUGGUGCGCUCUCGCGCGUGUCUAUUGUGUGUUCUGUACAGAAAUAGUUGUAGCAGCAUAGUAGUAGCAUAGCAGUGAAUGUUGACAGUGUGUGUGGUGUAUGUGCUCUGUAUACUGUGUUAUAUAGUAGGCCGCAGAGAGCGAGCGGGCGUCGUUUGUUUUACCCUCCCCGUAGUUAGGGCAUCAGCAAACCCUAUCUAUGUACACGUCGCGCACCGCAGCUGCACACCCGCUAGUAGGUUAGGUUAGGAUUUGUAAACAAAGAGCGCAGAAAGGAACACAAAUAUGAUUAGAAAAAAAUAAAAAGAAAAAAAUGAAACAAAAAAAAUCAGAAAAAAAAAACAAACACUUUUUAAUGAAGGAUAAAGAGCAAGCACUUGCACGCGCGCAUGUGUAAAUAGAAACUGUGCCGGAUUAGAGAUGCGUAAAUCAUAAGAGAUUAUUGAAUGGGGAUACUGUGCAAGAACUAAAAAGAGGGGAAACUAAAACGUCGAAAUUGAGACAUGGAAAAAACUCAUGUUGGAGAAGUGUGAAAACGCAAUUUUCGAAGUAUUGACGUUUUGUGUUCUCCGUUUUCUGUUGUGGUCCGGGUUUGAUACCAACCAAGUGGCGUGAAAAGUGAUAUUUUUCUGUUGGAAAAUGGGCGUGAGUGACGGAAGUUGACCGCUUACCCUGUUAGUGCUGUAAUUUGAUCUACUUCUCGGUGUCGAAGUCGUUUGUGUGAUGUGCUUUUAGCGUGAGGCGAGAGAUGUGAGACGUCUUGUUCUCACUUUUCACAAAAGUCAGCUCGGUUCGCUGUGCGUGCGAGAAAACUCACGUUCUACCCAAAUAGGCUCAAGUGAGAUGAGUUUUGCUUCAUUAAGACCGAGUUCAUUCACUUAGCUAUGUCUCGUCUAACUGGAGAAAGGUAUGUGAAGUCGUUUGUGUGUUGUGCCUUUAGCGUGAGGUGGGAUGUGAGACGUUUGAUCUCACCUGACAGUACCCAUCUUGGUUCAGUGAGUAACUCGAUUUGAAACGACGCUCACUUCUGUGCUUAAGUCCGCUUGUGGAAAGCUCAACUUACACCCCUUACGGGCUUAUUCUGCGAGUGCUGCGAGUAAGCUCUCGUUCCCACCAGAAUAGGCUUAAGUGAGAUGAAUUUUGCUUCAAUCGGCGAAUCACCUCAUAAAGAUCGAGAUCAGUCACUCCGUUAUGUCUCGUUUAAAUGAAGCGUGAUAUGAGACAUCUUGAUCUCACUCAAUAAGUGUUCUCGGAUCGACGUAACUCACUAACUGUUAUUUGAUUCGAAUCUAGGCUUCUCACUUAUGUAUUGAGACACACCGCUUGUGAUUCAAAUUACACACUCGGGCUUAUUCUGCGAGUACUGUGAGUAGACUCCAUAUUCGUCCCAUUCAUUCUCACAGAAUCAACUUCAGUGAGAUGAAUUUUAAAUGACUAUACAGUGACUCAGCUUUCUCUCACUUCACUAGGUCUCGUCUGACUGGAGCAAGCAAUAGGACGUCUUGGUCUCAUUUGACAAAGCUUCUCGGAUCGAAGAAGAAUCUAGUUUUCUCACUUCUGUAUUUAAGACAGACGACCUGUGGUAAAUGUGCUCAUUCUACGAAUGCAGUCACUACGCAGCUCAACUUGUAUAUGGUGGUGAAAACUCUCGACCCGAAUGUUUUGAUUUUCACGCCGAGUCACCUUCACCUCAUUCAAGUCGAGGCUUCUCACCUCGAUAUAUACGGAACGAGCUACGUCACGUCAUUACACGCUUAGAAUGAGCACAAAAUUCGACUUACACCUUGGGUGAACCCAAGUGCUGUGAGAAAAAUUGUCUUUUUCUCACAAAAAAAAGUGAGAUAUAAGAUAUAUUUCAAUAGGAUUCACUUUGUAACAGAUCUCAUUUAAAUCGAGUGAGAAGUGAGUGAAUUUGCUAUGACUCGAAUAUCGAUGUUAUAAAUCUCGACUGAGACAACUUUCCAUUUGCUUUAGACGGCGAGUCAUCGCAUUCGAGUCGAAAAUUUACACCACGGAGUCUGGCAAAGCCACCUCACUCCACUCGUAGAAUGAGCACAAUAAACGUCUCAUUCGAUUCGUUUCACCUCUCCCGCCUCACAGAAUAUACCUAAUUUUGCUGUUCGAACGCAGCCAAGGCUAAUCGAAUGAGAUUACAAAUAUUUGUGCUCAUUCUGCGAAUGGAGUGACGUGACAAAAGUCGGAGUCGUUUAUCGAGGCGAGAACUUUAUUCGAGUCGAGAUUUCUCAUCUAGAUGUACGGCUCCGACUUUUGUCAUGUCACUUCACUCGCAGAAUGAGCACAAUUGACAUCCCGUUUGUUGUGAGUCACCACUUGAUUCGAUGCACGCAGUAUACUUACCGGUGAGAGCAUAAUUGUGCUCAUUCUGCGAAUGGAGUGACGUGAGAAAAGUCGGAGUCGUAUAUCGAGGUGAGAAAUCUCGACUCGAAUGAGGUGACUCUCCAUUUGAUUUACACGGCGAGUCACUUCAUUCGAGAGUGGAUUCCUCAUCUCGAUAUACGACUCCGACUUUUCUCACGUCACUCCAUUCGCAGAAUGAGCACAAAUGCGUCCAACAGAUGUGCUCAUUCUGCGAAUGGAGUGACGUGACAUUUCACUCCAUUCGCAGAAUGAGCACAAGAGUUUGUUCUACGAGUGGAGUGACGACGGAGGUGAAAAAUCUCGACUCGACUGAGGUAACUCCAUAUGAAAUACACGGCAAGUCGCUUCAAUCGAGUUCAGAUUUCUCACCUUGAUUUACGAGUCGAGCUCCGCCAUGUCGCUGCACUCGUAGAAUGAGCACAAAUGCCAUGCCUACUACCACUGGUCACUGGUCAGCGACCUAAGAGAAUGUAAACAACUAACUUGGUUGGCAUAGGUUCACAAACAGUAACGUACGAGGCUACCCAAGUAACAUUUUGUAGUCAUAUAGCCUAGAAGAGGGUCUUAUAACCAUCAUAACUAGAUUGAGUUUAAAUAAGGGCGAAAUGAUCGAUUUCUCUUCAUCGAAUCUCUCUUCUGCAAAUUAAAGUGACAAUAUGCAAAUUCAAUCGAACUUUUUUACACUUAGACGCUAGAUUGCAUCAUCCCCUAGCGAUUUAUGACCAAAAAGUGCAACCAUACUUGCAUCUUGUCACUUUAAUUUGAGGAAGAGAGAGUCGAUGAAGAGAACUCGCUCAUGUUACUUUCGCCCUUAUUUAAACUCAAUCUAGAAAAAUGUAUUAGGUUUUAUGACGGUUUUCAAAACCUCUACAAGACUAAUAGGCAAUCAAAAUAUUUCUUGGGUAGGUUCAGAUCUGGUUACACUGAGCAUCUUGAUGUACAACAUCCCAACUGAUAAUUGAAGAUAGCAGUUGUGCUGAUUCUACAAAUGGAGUGACGUGACGCAGCUCAACUCUCAUAUAUCAUGGUGAGAAAUCUCGACUCGAAUGAGGUGAUUUACCGUGCAAAUCAAAUGGAGAGUCACCUAAUUCGAGUCGAGAUUUCUCACCUCGAUAUUCGAGUCGAGUUGCGUCACGUCACUCCAUUCGUGGAAUGAGCAUAAGUGUUAACGAGGCUGAAUAGCAGCUACAAUUCGAGCGCAGUAGUUCCCAAUCUUUAACCAAUUUCAGCAGAACCAACACCUACAAACACUCACAAACGCGUGCAGAUCCCGCCUACAUAAGUUUACUAUUCAACAAAUAUCUCAACUGAAACGAAACGUAACGAUCCGAUAAAACCGGAGAAUAUGCAUGUAUAAUAUUCGAAGAAAAUGGCUGUGUUCUGAUUGUGUUUUAGCGGCGCCGCUGUGCGUUGUUGUGUUUGUGCUGUGUCGAUCCGCAGCCUGUGCUCUGAAUAAGUCAGUCGAUUCUCCGUCACCCCCUGCCUGUAGAAUACAAACUGUAAGAAAAAAAAAGAUGAUAACGUGCGCAAUCAGAAGCAUAUAUAUAUAUAUAUGUGUGUGUGUAAAUAGCUUAAGCCCCUAUCACACUACCUUUGUUCAAUGUCAAAAACUGUUCAAUUCACCAAAUCUUCCUUGUUAUUUGUAAAGCAAACUAUUGGAAAUUUAUUAUUAGUUUUUUUUUGUGUUGCCCAAUCAGUUAAUAUUGAUAGUUUAGUUUAAUUGAUUUUCUUUCGUUUCAGCGAAAAAGGAAAUUCGUAAGAUCUCUCUCUUAGUUUGUCGAGAAAAAACGUACACUGAAACAAACUGGAAAGUUUAUUUCGUGGGAUAAGUAGCAUAAUUAUCUCUCUCUCUAGCUAUUGGAGGAGGUGAAAUUCUUACGCGAGUGUUUCCGCCAGAAUCUCAAUCUGUUAGGUUCGAGAUUGGACCGUGAGCCGAGCGACUCCGGAAGCGGGGAAGUGGCUUUCUCCGACGGAACGUUCAGCUCCACAUCCAAACAAACAAACACACACACACAUGGGUUGAUGGUUGUGUGUCGGUCUCUCAAAGAGACGUUCAGUUACAGCCAUCGCUUACUUGUCGUAUCGGCUCAUUUGAAUCGAGCCGAUCGAAAGCAAGCUGGUGUUCUUCGUCAAGUAUUAAUAUAUUUAAUUAGUUUUAGUUGGUUCUUUCCCGCCCCCGGAAUGCUUUAUAAUAGUGAACAGGAAGGUGGUCGUGAGAUGGAGGGAAAAACUCGGGGUUCAGCCCCGUCCACACUGGCGCGCCCUCCAACCCAGUGUGAUCGCGGUGGUGCAAAUACACACACACUCACAUAAAUAUUCUAAGAAUAUGCUUGAGCGACAGUAGAAACAAGAGACGCAAUUUUACUCCACACUGAGCGAAAUCGUUAUUUUAAAUUACCAGGAGUAGUUAAUCAAUUGUGUGUGUUCGCUAAGUGUGAUGAACCAGCGGAAUCGAGCCCGAUGCGAGAUAUUUUUUAAUGAAGUUUGAUCAAACAUUGUAUAAAGAAUUAGCCUAAGGCCCUAAAACUAAGCAUUAAAUGGAAACUGAGUAAAAAGAAACACAGUUACUAAGAAAACGGUUCAUGUUUUGUCUUUAAUUUAUUCUAGAUUUUUAAGGCCAAUCCAGCAUAAGUGUCUGUAUAAAACCAGAGAAAUGAAACACAUACCCACACACCCAUCUUAAAUACAACAACUAUUAUACGACUUAAUGUGUAAGUAACUUUGAUAAAAACAAAACAAAUUAAAUGAACAGCAACUAGUGCUUGCGAGUUCAGCUUUGUACUGGUGUUUCAAUCAUUACCGGGCGCGUGAGAGAUCGAUGCAAAAGUUUUAAGGGGAAAUUAUACUGGCUAAGAAAGAACUCUCCCUCACUCAUACAAAUAACAAGAAUAUAACAACAACAACAAAACGCAUCGUGGAAACAAACCAUUCUCUCAUGCACUCGACACUCACUCAUGCAUACACACAUUCAGAUAGACAACGCACGUUCGUUGAUAGGCAAGCAAAACAUGGUUAGGAAAUGGCAAACAGCAAAAGAAAAUCAACACACCUUUUGUUUGAGUGUAGUAAAAUAGAAUAAUGUGAAUAAGAGAAAGCAAACUGCGCAAUGUAUCUUAUUUUAAUUGUAAAACUGGGCAAGAUUGCGGAUUACGUAAGUGCGCGUAGAUUGAUGAGAGCGAAAUGCGAGAGCGAGUUACACAAUUUACAAAAAAAAAAGAGAAAAUGUAGCAGAAAGAGAGUAAGAUGGAUGGGACAACCCAACAUGGAGAGCGUUUAGUAAUUUAAACAGAGGAAAAAAAAUGAAAUGAGUAAAAGAAACUAGGCAACAUACUAUUAUUAAUUAUUAUCAUUAUUAUUAUUAUAAUUAUUAGCAUGGAUAAAUGCAAGCAUAUAAUUCAUUAUUGCUAAUGGGGAACGACGACGACGAAGAAGAGGAAAAAGGGAAACCAGAAAACCCGAAAAUAGUAAGCAAAAUCCAAAAGGAAAAACAAAACUAUAUUUGAAUGUAUAAAGUAAUGAAAUACAAGAAAAUCUAUUGAAAAUAAAAAAAUAAUUAUAUAAAA